AUGAACGUCCUCAGCACCCUCAGAAACGGUAUGAGCGCUUUAAGAGCUCAAGUUCAACCCCGAAUUGACAAUAUUUUGACGCAACGAUCAUCUGGCUUCCUUAUCUCCCAAGCCGACGAUGAUUGGCUUGACUUUGAAGCCAAUUUGACCAAUGAACUGCAUGUACUCGAGUCUGUAGAAGCGUCCGCCAACGAUUCCACUACCCUCGAGUCCCGGCGUGCCAACAGAUUUGCUGCCGCAAUUGACAGAUUGCUUGCUGCAGGAUCAAUUGAUAUCAAUUCUCCUGAUCCCCUCACCACAGCUACGAGCCCCGCUGUCCUUUCUAGCCCAUCAUCCAUCCUUGUAUCGAUUGAGGAUGACAACAAUGUUCCCCUUGAUGGCACCCUUUCCAUCCCUUCAAAGAAGAUCAGAAAGGUCACCACUAUAGACAGCUCACCAAAUCUGAGCGACUGGAUAUCCUAG